AUGAUGAUGAACCAAAUGGGUAAGCUACAAGCCGAGGUGGAAAAUCUUAGAACCCAAUGCGGUGGAAAUAAGCAAGAACCUCCUCAAGCACCGUUUUCUACUGAAAAAGAGGUGGAGGAAGAUGUUAAUGAGCAAGAGAAAGGUGAAAAUGAUGAGGAAAUAGUGGUUGAAAGUGAUAAUGAAGAGGAGCCUUUGAUUAAAAAUGACAAGUCAAAGGGAAAGGCUCCCAUGCAAGAACAAAGUGCCCGAAACAAGAGGAAAGUGAGCAAGGAUAAGAAGAUUGAUGACGCGGUGAUACCGUACAAUUUGUUGCCAUUUCCACAAAGGUUGUGGAAAUCAAAAGAGUCUGAAAGGGAGAGCAAAUUUCACAAGAUGCUUGAUAAGUUGGAAAUCUCUAUGCCGUUUGUUGAAGCUGUGACUCAAAUACCCUCAUACAAGAAGUUCUUGAAAAAUAUUUUGAGUAACAAGAAGAAACCUAAAAAGAGUGCAGUUGUGGAUUUGAGUGAAGGAGUUUUGACAUGUGCAGUGCUUCAACAGAAAUUGCCUCCCAAGUUGAAAGAUCUCGGUAGUUUUGCCAUUCCUUGUAUUAUCGGUGGAUUCGUGGUAGGAGGUGCUUUGUGUGACCUAGGGGCAAGUGUCAGUUUGAUGCCAUAUUCUAUGUGCAAGAGGCUAAACCUUGGUGCGUCCAAGCCUACCACCAUGACUCUUCAGAUGGCCGACCGUUUAGUGAAGUGCCCGGUGGGCGUCCAUGAGGAUAUCCCCGUAAUGAUUUAUCAAUAUUUCAUACCAGGGGAUUUUGUUGUUCUUGAUGUGGAGGAGGAUGCCAAGGUUCCCAUCAUCCUUGGUAGGCCUUUCCUAUCUACCGCCGGAGCGAUUAUUGAUGUGAAGAGGGGCAAGUUGGUGAUGGAGGUGGUCGAAAACAAAAUUGAAUUUGAAAUUUUUAAAAUGGCCAAGCAUCAACCGUCCUAUGUUGAUGAGUGCAAGAUGAUUGAAAUCAAGGAAAAGGAUUCUAAACAAACGCAAGGCAAUCAUGAUGAAAUCGAUGCCCCAUUGACCUCAACCAUGAAAAAUGAUGUGAAAAGUUCAAAUGGUCACUCCUCAUUCUACAAGCGGUUCAUGAGAAAUUUGUCAAGGCUUGCAAAGCCUAAAUCCCACUUCCUUCCCACCGGAACUUGA